UGCUCUGAAUGUCAGACAUUAUGUAGUAUCCUUCCUUGGAACAACUUGGGGGACAUGGGAGAGCGAGCAGAACAUGCAGGUGAACAGGGGAGAGAUGGCUUACUGUAUCUUCAUUCGGCCUUGGAAAGCUUGCUGCUGAUUCAACGCUAAAACAUACUUUUGUUGAGAUGGGACUGCUGAAGCGUGUUCAGAGCUCGACUGAAAGAGCACAGCCCUGGGAGGCCUUUAUGAGGAAAUGUAUUUCUAAUGUAUCAAAGAUCUGGAAGGAAAAUCUUCAGUGAAUGACUGGGAUAACCAGAUUUGUUCGAGGCCGUGGCAUGGAUGAGGUACGGCCUACCAGUGGUGCUCCAGCCCACGGGCUGGUGCCGCUGUUUCCUCCCGGACUGCAGGCUAUCUACGGGGAAUGCCGGCGACUCUACCCCGAGCAAGCCAACCCGCUUCAAGUAACAGCCAUUGUUAAAUACUGGUUAGGGGGACCAGACCCGUUAGACUACAUCAGUAUGUAUAGGAAUAUGGGCUGUCCAGCUCAGGACAUCCAGGAGCAUUGGCACUAUGUCAGCUUCGGACUGAGUGACCUGUAUGGGGAUAAUAGGGUUCAUGAAUUCACAGGGGCAGACGGACCCAGUGGAUUUGGCUUUGAGCUCACCUUUAGACUCAAAAGAGAAACAGGGGAGACGGCACCACCAACCUGGCCAGCUGAGCUCAUGCAAGGCUUGGCUCGCUACGUGUUCCAGUCAGAAAACACAUUUUGUAGUGGCGACCAUGUAUCGUGGCACAAUCCACUAGACAACAGUGAAUCUCGUAUCCAGCAUAUGUUGCUUACUGAGGACCCACAGAUGCAGCCAGUUCAUACGCCAUUUGGCGCAGUGAGCUUUCUCCAGAUUGUGGGUGUAUGCACAGAGGAGCUACAGGCAGCCCAACAGUGGAACGGUCAAGGCAUCCUGGAGCUGAUGCGUGGAGUCAAAGUAGCUGGUGGCCCCUGGCUAAUCACAGAUAUGAGGAGAGGGGAGACCAUUUUUGACAUCGACCCACACCUACAACAGGAGAGAGUGGACCAGGGUAUCGAGACAGAGGGCUCUAACCUGAGCGGGGUGAGCGCCAAGUGUGUCUGGGACGAUCUGAGUCGACCGCCAGAGGAUGAGGAGGACAGCCGAUCCAUCUGCAUAGGAUCACAGCCACGCAGGCUCUCAGACAAAGACACAGAGCAGAUCAGGGAGACCCUGAGAAAAGGACUGGAGUUUAACAGCAAGGCAGCACUACCACCCAUCAACACCCAGAGACAGAGUCAUGAGAGACCUCAGAGUCGGAAAGACAGUUUGGAAAGUGAGAGUUCAGCAGCCAUUGUUCCACAUGAGUUGGUCCGAACACGUCAGUUGGAGAGCGUCCAUUUGAAAUUCAACCAGGAGUCAGGCACACUGCUGCCCCUCUGCCUGCGGGGCCGGUUGCUCCAUGGGAGACAUUUCACUUACAAAAGUAUCAAUGGAGACACAGCCAUUACAUUUGUGUCUACAGGAGUUGAAGGAGCUUUUGCUACUGAGGAGCAUCCAUAUGCAGCCCACGGCCCCUGGCUUCAGAUAUUGUUGACUGAAGAGUUUGUGGAGCAGAUGCUUGGGGAUUUACAAGAACUUAACACUCGUGAGGAGGUAAGUAAAAAAAAAACAAAGUUACCAAAGGAGUACAGUUGGCCAGAGAAGAAGCUGAAGAUCUCUGUUCUACCAGACUCUGUGUUUGAUAAUCCACUCCAGUGAGACCGAGACACUUAAUCACUAGAAAAUACCAACAAUACCUUCAAACACACACUUCGGGGGGGGGGGGGCCAUCAUGAACAGGAAGCCUCCCAGGACAUGCAGCGACCCUGAGGGUGCACAGAUAUGUUGUUCCCACAGUGGACGGCCUGAGAUGGUUUCAUCCCUGAAGAUGAUCUGACUUCUAACUGUUACUGAAUUCUCAGACUAUUCCCACUGUUAACAGCAUUUCUCUGAGACUUGAAUGCUUUUGAAAAUGUCAAGCCAGCCUGUCCAGAUGGUUGACCUGUUAGAACAAUCAUUAUAUGUGACGUACCAGCUGUAGGGCAAAAUAGGAUGUUGUCAUCCCUCCAGUAAGGCCUGCCAGGUCCAACAUAUACGUCACAAAUGCAGUUGAGCAUGCAUCCUGUGAUCACCAGACAUUAUAUCCCAAGCAAUAAAUGAGGUGCCGUUCUCAAACUAGUUUUAUUCUAUUUAUUCCAGUGGCCUUAGAAAGGGCAGAAAAGUCCAUUCUAUCAGUAUUGUUUUCAAUUGAGCUAAUGUGUAUAGUAUUUACAAAUGCUGGACAUUUUUCUCUUAUGUGUUUGUGGUCAUACCAAAGUUAUAACUGUUGGCAGUCCACUGCCAGUACUGUCUGUGUCUCAAAUGUGUCAUGAUUCUGAGAGAAUGACAUGACAGGCUGAACUAUUAUUAACUACUAUUCACUGCCUGUUUGACUGGGACAACCAAACAAGCAUCUGAACCUUUUUCUUAGAUAUUUGGCAAAUGCUGCAGGUAUAACCACCUCUACCCCCUGUGCCAAGAACAUGACUCCCAUAUUGAGUAAUCAUUUUUUGAAUGUCUUCUUUCAGAUUUUCCAUGAUUGAUGAUACAUGUUUUAGAGUGAUGAGUUUAAAUCCAUCAAGUCCGUUGUAAAUGUGCAAAGACUAGGAAUCUGUGUGUAGUGUCCUCCCUCGUGUGUUGUCUUCAGUGGCCACAGAAAUAUAAAAUCUUUUUUUUUUAUUUUUUUUAUUAGUAGGACCUGCUUGAAAGUUAGAGUAAAAUUCCUCAGUGCCCUGUGCUGAAAAGGACCACAUUCUCUGUUCACUCUUGCCUUCAGCUCCCCUGGAUUGUUCAGAAACAUCACUUUGAUUCUAGGCCGCUGCGUUCACUGGCUUGCAUUUCUGAUGCCGUCAUUGCAUUCCAUGUUAACACCAAAUCAAAGAAAAGACUACUUUUACUACAAUGUCCUCUUACAAAAAUGUACUCUUAUACAAUCUUAUUUUAGUUUUUUGUUUUUUUGUUUGUUUUUUCCAGAGUGACGAAGUUUAGACAUCGUUGAUAUGGUAUUUUGUAAUUGCUAUCUUAUUGACUGAACUGGCUGAUUGUAAUCCCAAGUGCAUUAAAGAGUGUAGAUAUUUACACAAAUAAAGCUGGAACACUAAUGCAGAA